AUGGCGGCGGUUCGAUAGUAAAUGCGGCAAGAAGAGGAAGAAGAUGACUGUGACCAGUGGAUACAAGCCCAGAUGUUUUCUGGACGUAGAAAUAGGUGGCCAAUCUGUGGGACGGAUCAUAGUUGAGCUAUUCUCUGAUGUUACCCCAAAGACAUGUGAAAACUUUCGUGCAUUAUGCACAGGAGAAAAGGGGGUUACCCAGAAAACGGAACAAUCCCUCCAUUACAAAGGUGCUCCUUUCCAUCGUGUAGUGAAAGAUUUUAUGAUUCAAGGUGGAGAUUUCACCAAAGGUGAUGGAACUGGGGGCGAGUCAAUUUAUGGAGGGAUGUUCCCAGAUGAAAAUUUUAUUUUAAAAAAUGAAAAAGAAUUUCUCCUUUGCAUGGCAAAUCGUGGAAAGGAUACAAAUAGUUCACAGUUCUUCAUAACAACAAGACCAGCUCCACACUUAGAUGGAGUUCAUGUUGUGUUCGGUCAAGUGAUCCAAGGUCAGGAGAUAGUCCGUCUCAUAGAAAAUCAAGAGACGGAUGCAAAAAGUCGACCUCUCAAAGAGGUGUGCAUUGCCAAUUGUGGGGAAUUGGUCCUGCAAAUGAAGUCCAAAGGAAAGAAGAAGAAGAAAGUUUCAGAAUCCGAGUCAGACUCUGCGUCAGAAUCAGGGUCAGAAUCAGGUUCAGCCAGUGAUGGAGAUGUUAAAAAACGCAAACGUAGAAAGAAACAAAAGAAAAAAGAUUCCAAACGGAAAAAGAAGGACAAGAAGAAGAAGAAAGAUAAAGAGGAAAAAGAAGAAGAGGAGGGUACUAAAGAACCAGAGAUAACUACAGUCUUUGCUUCAAUUAGACCUGAUGAAAUUCCUGAUGUGCCAUCUCAGAAGUUCCUGAUGAGGGAAAACCCUAGCAAAGAUCAGGAUGAAAAAGCCAAGUCACCUCCUGGCUUUGGUCAGCGGCGACCCAUUGACAGGAUCCCAUAUAGUUCCCAGAUUAAAAUCACACGGAGUGGACGUAGGAUCAAGGGUCGUGGAACAGUACGCUACAGGAGUCGUAGCCGAAGUGAAACCCCACCCCACUGGCGGCAAGCCAUGCAGAAGCCACAACCAAUGGAUUAUGGGGACAGACAAGAUGAGGACCAAGGAAAUCGGUGGGUCAGAGGGGAUAGAUUACCUCAGACACGUGGAGAACGAGGUAAUCGGAGAAUGUCUGAUCGGGAUCGUAAUACUGAACAAAGAGAGUAUGGUCAAGGUGAAGGUAACCCUCGAUGGGGGCGGGAGGCCAUAAGAAGCAGAGGUAAUAGAGAUGAUGAGAGAACACAAGGUCGCAUCCGUGACAGGCAGCCCCUUAGGGAGAGGUUCAGACAAGGUCACGAGGAAAGGGAAGAUAAAAAUGACGAGGAAGACGAAGAUAAUGGAAAGAAAAAACACAAGAAAGAUAAAAGUCACAAGAAACAUAAAAAGCACAAGAAAACAUCUAAAAGGCACAAAGACAAGAAGGGGAGUGAUGAUGAUGAAGAAGAUAGAAAAAAGACGAGACAGCCUAGUGUGUCAGAUGGAGAAGGCGUGUCCCGGUCACCCUCUCCUAGAUCAGGCAAGGAGACAAAAUAUGAGGCUGGACGUUCUGAAGUAGAGCGCAAUGGUCAUUCUGAAGGAGGAAGAUUUAAUGAGCGUAGAGAUUUCAGAAGAUCAACUACAGACAAUAGCAAUAACUCAGAUAGAGGAAGACAUGAACGGAGGAGGUCAAGGUCACCAGAGACCAGGUCAAAACCACCAGUUCGUAGGAGGUCAGUGUCGAGAGAUCGUCAUCGUUCUAAAUCCAAAUCUCCCAGUCAUAGACCAUCUUCUGAUUCACGUGGUCGAAGGAGACGAUCUACAGACUCAGAGUCUGAAGAAGAUAGCAGAUCCAGAUCAAAGAGGCAAAAUAGACAAAGGUCAAGGUCAUCAAGUUCUAGUAGAAGCAGGUCAAGGUCACGAGGCCGUUACCAGCGUGAUGGUGGAAGACGAGGCAGGCGGGAUGAUGAAAGGCGUCCCAGGGUCAUGCCAGGUAUCAGACCAGUGAGAAUCAAGUCUGAUAGCCCCCCUCCUACACACUGGAAACCAGGACAGAAACCUUGGAAGGUCAAACCACAGGACAGACCACUCACAACAAAGGAUGUCCUGGGAGUAACUGAUCUCAAAGACAAAAGUCCACAGAAAUCAGGUGUCAGUUCAGGAGACAGUCAAGUGAAUCAAAAUCGUAUCGGUUCUCCUGUCAAACUUCCUGGUCACCACCAACAGUCUGAUGAUAGUGAUGACAGUGACCGUUCUUCCAGCCCAGGUAUUGAUAUAUCAAAAGGCCGCAGAUCCAGUGGAUCAGACCCGUCACGAGAAACAAGGUCCAUUCACAUGGAGAAUGAUAUGAAAGGAAGAUCUGAGCAGGAUAGCCAGAGGAAUGUUCACAUUGGGAGUAUGUCGGAACAACGGUCUGUCCAACUGAGCAAAAUAGAGGACGACUCUUACAGAAGAGACCAUGUACCGGCCAGUAAAAUUCAGUAUGAUUUGGCUGAGCAAGAAGAUCCAAUCAGGGCAAGUCCUGUUAGAAAGGAAUCAAAGUCCAAGCCAAGACAUUCAUCAGAUUCUAGGUCUGAAAGUUCAUAUAAUGCAUCAGAUUCUUCUGAAGAUUCGGAUGCUUCUGUUAAAUCGGAAGAGGAACAAAGACGUACUGUUAGAAAAGUAGAGGAGCGCAUCAAAUGGCAGCCACCUCCAGACCCUGAGGUACCAGAACGGGAGGAAAUUCCUCGAGUUGUUAACAAGCAACCGGAGGACGUGAACAGGACAUCUGUGAGGAUUCGGACUCCGCCACUACCUCCAAUGGGACAAGUGGCCGAGGCUGCAUCAGAGAUGGCCAGGAAGAAAAAUAGAUGGGAUGUGCAUGCUCCAGCAGUUGUACCAGAGAGAACCAUAGUGAGUGUUCCACUACCCAACAAACAACCUUCACCUUCUCGCUCUUCAAGGUCAUCUUCACGGUCAAGGUCACCAUCAGAUUCAUCAGAGAGUUCAAGGUCAAGAUCACAAUCUCCAACAAGCAGUUAUCUCUAUGGAGAUAAGAAACCAUUGGAUCAUGGUGAGACUACCCCAGUGGCUCCAGUUAAACAGGUUGAGGAUUUUGCUUCACAAUCUCCUAUUACAAAGUCUUCUUCUAAAUCUCCUGCCAAAUCGGACAAAGGCAGAGGCAAUCUUAUACCUGUUGUCACAAACAUAGAGAGUGUUGCCCUACAGGGUGGACGCUCACUGGAUCUAAACAUGCUCAGUCCUGGCAACAUACCAUUCCCCACUGAAAAUAUAGAAAGCAACAAAGACAAAACAUCCAAAGGUUCUGAAAAGAAGAGUUCUCCAGAGGAACCACCUAAAAAAAGUCUAGAUGAAAGGUUAAAAGAUUUCACAGCAGGGAUCAGUGGUUCUAAAUCCUCACUUGCUCCUUCCAAGGACAAAAGUAGAUCAAGAAGCAGGUCAUCAGACACUUCACCAAAGAAGAAAUCCUCUCCUAGGAGAUCAUCCAACAGAUCUGGUAGCAGAAACCAGGAUCGUAGUAAAUCGCCUCAUAGAUCUCAGAAGAAAAGUCGGUCAAGGUCUCGAGGAAAAAGCUAUUCCAAAUCACCAAUUCGGUCAAGAAGGCGAACUUCCAAGUCACCUAUUCGCUUGAGGAGAAGAAGUCAUUCAAAGUCCCCAAGACGUUCACGUGGGAAAAGCAGAUCAAAGUCCCCUUAUCGUAGAGGAAGAAGCCGUUCACGAUCUCCACAGCGAAGAAGGAUUUCCCCCGCAAGGUAUUCACCUGUACCACCAAGAAGGAGGUCUCGCAGUCCCCGUAGAAGGUCAAGGUCACCUAGAAGGUCAAGAUCAAGAAGGCGAUCCCCAUCUCCCAGAAGAAGGUCUAGGUCGCCAAGACGUCGUUCACGUUCAAGGUCAUUAAGAAGGAGGUCUGUGUCACCACGAAGACGAAGUUUAUCCAAUCGCAGGAGGUCAUCGGUUCGAAGGAGACGAUCGAGGUCCAGGUCAUCUAGGAGAAGAUCACCAAGGAGGCGUAGUAUCUCUCCUAGACGUCGUAGUCGAUCAAGGUCUAGGAGACGUUCUCCACCUAGACGCAAACGAAGUCCUUCCAGGGAUAGACGAAGGAGACGCAGCAGGUCGGGGUCAGCAUCAUCCAGAAGUCGGAGCAGAAGUCGUAGCCGCCGUAGGAGGCGUUCCAGCAGCUCACGUAGUCGAAGCCGGAGUAGACGUCGCAGACACAGAAGCUCCAGCUCUGAUAGCGACUGAAUAUUUAGUAGUGGAUUAUAGAUUCAAGUCCAUUGAGAUUUCUUACUGCAGGAAUUUUUUUAUGCUUUGGAGAUUUUCUCCUUGAUUUUAUCAAUUCUUAUUUUUAAUAAUUGAUAGGGAAGACGCUGCAACCAGAUUAAGGGCACAUGAUAUUUAGAAUUUUCUUCAUGUAAAUUUUUAAUAUGAUUGUGGCUUGUCCAAUUAAAUAUUUAUUGCACAAAGCCAGUUUGGAGUAAAGCACAAUGUACAGAUAUCUCAUCAUGAUUAAAGGAUUUCAGAUGA